GUCUCCACGUGUUCAUUCUAAUUUGAAAAUUUUACCUUUAAAAAAUUGAAUCGCCUACGGUUUAUUGGGUUUUCUGUAUUUGUGCUUUGUUAAUCCUUAAUCGUGUCUAGUUUCUACUAUACGACAAACACAACUAUUCAACAUGUUUCCAAAGUACUCUCCACAUAAUAUACGAAUCAAAACUUUGAGCCUUAGUAUGAACAUUUUCGAAUCUUGUACGGGUUCUUCCAAGAGCAAGCCUUAUGCGAUGUUGCGCUGAUAUGUGAUGAUGGCGUUCAAAUUUUAGCUCAUAAAGCAAUUGUAGCAUCUGCAAGCCCUAUGCUGUUAGCAAUGUUCAAUGGUGGCUUUAAGGAGACCAAAGGAAUUAGUAUGCCUAUUAAAGAUAUUGAAUCUGGUAUAUUGACGUCAAUUGUAACUUGUGCAUAUACAUUUCAGAUGGAUAUCCAGGAAAAUAAUAUAGAAAAACUAUUGAGAGCUUCUGAAUACUUUCAAUUUAACUAUGCUAAGGAUUUAUGUUAAAAAAAACAUAAACGUCAAUAAUUGUAUUAAUUUUAUGAGCUUUUCUGAACCUACAUCACAAAAAGGGCUAUACACUUAUUGUUUCUUGUAUUGUUUAGAACAUUUUAAUACAAUUCUGGAAAAUGAAUCGCAAGUAAUAGAAUUAUAUGAAUUAAAUUUUGAAGAUAUUUUUAAGCUCAUAUCAAAUGAUCAUUUGGUGGUUGAAUCUGAAGAAAAGAUACUUUGGCAAAAUAAAAAAUACAAUUUAAUUUGAUUAUUUUUAAUUGCAUUUAUGAGAUAUUAAUACUGGCAGUGUAGUAUCAUACUACACUGAAAAUGUAGUAUCAUAAGUUUUCUAAAAUGUUGAAAAAGUUAGAAAAAAUCAAAAAAGUAGGAAAAAGUAUUCUUUUAUGUUGAUGGUUUAGAUUUAUAUAGUUUUUUUGGUUGUAGUUUUUAAGAAUAAAUGCAGAUAGUGUCCAAGAAUGUAAUAAUUUUUAGAAGAGCAAAAGGUUAAGAAGCCCAUCCGGAUAUAUAUUUAAAUAUAUGUCAGGAUAGUCAACAAUAAAACCAUUUUACUUUUUGUGAGAAAAUGAAUUUGGAAAUAUAGAGAAAAAGCAUAAAGUUGAUUAGACAUUUUUUAAGACCAAAUCUUUGAUUUCAUUAUUAAAUGGAUAAAGUGUGAUCUAGAGGAACGAAGUAAAUAUUUAUCAAAUUUACUAAAUUACUUAAGGUUACCUUUAAUUUCGAGAAAAGCAUUUAAAUGUAUACGUGAUGAACCAUUAUUGAGAAGCCAACGUGACUGUUUGAUGGAUAUCAUGGAAAAUUAUUUAUCUGUCGACGUUGAUGAAAAUAUCACAAAAGCAACAAAGAGGACACCUUAUUUGUAUAAACCAAAUUUUAUUUUUGCUAUUAAAGGUCAAUCCAAUUGUGAUGAUUCUUAUGUAAUGUUUAUGGAUCUAAGGCGGGAAAAUGAUCUUAAUUGGAAAUCAUGUGAUUAUUCAUUUUUUUGUCCACCCCAUCGAGAUGCAACUUUGGUCGUUUCGGAAACUGGAAUACUACUUGCAAUUGGAGGUUAUGAUGAAUUAGAAAAAGGGAGUAAUUGUGUUUAUGAACUUGAACUUACUUCUACAUCAAAAAUGUGGAUACCUACAACGCCUUUGCAUAGAUCACGAUUAUAUUUUUCUGUUUGCACUCAAGGAAAGUAUAUAUAUGUGGUAGGAGGUGAAGAUACUUUAGGAGAAACAUUAGAUUCAAUAGAAUAUUAUGACACAUAUUCAAAGGAAUGGACUGUAAUAGAUAAGCCAAUGCCAACCCCUCGGCAAUUAUGUAGUUUAAUAAUUCACAACUCUCGUCUAUAUGUUUUUAAACGUUGGAGAGUUCCGGAUGCACCCUGUGAUAGAGAGCGGUAGAAGGGGUUGGCGCUGGCGCUGUUAUACUGCCAAGUCGUGUCGACGGUCAACGUGCAGUAGCUUGCGGCGGUACGCGUGCAAGACACGGUGCUGUUUUUGGGGUUCAACAGUCAGUCACACGGGUACUGGCCGCUGUACUUUGUCAUUUUAAUCGGCGCAUCGUGCAUCUGCCCGGUUGCCAAGGGUGUACACGGAUCGAUCAAUACAGGUGUUGAACGGUAUACUGCACUUGUGCAAAUGCAUUCUAGGCUCUAAUUCCACAACCUACCACCGUCCCGAAGGCGUCACGUUGGUACGAAACACAAAAUCUUUGGCAACAGCACACAAUUAACGUUACGCUUUGGCCUUAGCGACAACGACCGCCACCACACACCGAGAACACAAUAACGUCCAACUGGUCCAACAUGUUAUCCGUCCGCGGAUUGGACCUGGUCAUCACGGCCACGGUGGUUCUUAUCUUGGCGUCAUAUUUUUCAUCGUCCAUAUCCGUCCAUGCAAAGUGCACCAAUUAUGAUACAGCGGAUCAUAACAGUCUGAUAAAAAGGCUAAUGUGGCAAACGGAACCUUGUCGAUAUAAUAGUUUUACAAGGCCAAUACCGGAAAGCGGACCGACGAGGGUCUGGGCCAGAGUGGACAAGUAUAUUAUCCGAAAAUCUUCUACUGCUCGACAGUUGAAUUUAACUCCAGACGUGCUGAUAAAAUUUCGGUGGCGCGACAGCCGUCUGGCGCAUUCUUUAUCCAAUUUGAACGUACGAGGAAAGGACAAACUUAAGCAGCGAAUUUGGACUCCACUCGUUGACAUAGUCAACUACGACACGGACUCAGAUCCCCAAGACAUCCUGGAGACGGUGCAACCGGACGGCACGGUUAUCUAUUCGGCCAGGUUGGAAGUGCCGUCUGAGCUGUGCACGAUGAACUUGGAAAAGUUCCCGUUCGACAAGCAGAAAUGUUCCCUGUUACUGCAGAGUCUGUUGUACAACAAUACUGAUUUGGAACUGUUGUGGGAACACGUUUCGCCGGAGGAGCUCAGGAGCAGCUUAGAAUUUACCCAAUACAGCUUGGCGUCGAUUCGGACGACCGUGACGGUCAGCGACCACUACGAAGAAUUGGCUGACAACUACAGCCAGUUGAAAUUAUACUAUGAGCUGGGUCGCAAACUCGGCGUUCACACCGUGGCCUACUACUUCCUGGGUUUUUUUAUGGUAGUCAUGUCUUGGGGGUCGUUUUGGUUGGAGCCGAAUGAAGCCUCCGGCCGCGUUAAUAUAGGAAUCUAUCCGAUGAUGGCGUUAAUCGUUCAGUACUUGUAUUCGGAAAGACUGCAGCCAAUAUUGUUGAACAUCAAAGAAAUAUGGCUCCUCGUAUGCAUUUCAUUUAUAGUCAGCUCUUUAAUGGUGUCUGCGGUUGCGCACUUCAUAUCGCGGCAAAACAAACAAUUCAAACUGACUUUAAUUCCUCAAGUUCUACGAAAGUUGUUAUCCAUCGUUGGUAGCAAAUUGGACAAAUUCGAAUGGAACAGGGGUGUGGACGAAAACGAAAGAAGUACUAUUGGAACAGCAAACACUGUGGAGCACGUGAUGACCUCACAAGAAUUUGCAUUAUGGAUGGAUCGACUAAGUCGCGUCCUUUUCCCGGUGGCCUUUCUUCUAUUUAAUUGUAUCUAUUGGUUUUACGUUUACGUGUAAAUCCACCUAAAAAAUUGGGAUUUUUAACGACAAAAAGAUAAACAGCCAUGUUCAUAUUUCUUAAAAUCGUAUAAAAGGUAGACAGACAAUUACACAUAAAGAACAACAGUAUGUUUUUAACGAAAAUUAGAAAAUUAGUAAUAUAACUUUUAUAACAAUUUAUCUAUCGUCGUUUUUCCCAUUUAAAUAAUUUACUGCUUUUUUAGACUACUUAUCUCAUGUUUGAUUACAUUUUGAAAUCGUUUUUUGCGAAUUCAUAGUCAUAAACAUGGACGGAUGUACGCUCCUUGCCGUGGGCUUUAUGGCUUCGGCACUCACUAAAUCCUAAAUUCAACUGCUAAUUAUAAUACAGCCAUAGCCGUCCGAAAUCCACACUUAUUCAUUCAUUAGUUCAUUUUAAUCAUAUUUUAUAUUGCAUUUAACAGAAAACAGUUAGACUUAAAUUUUUUAAUAUUAAAUACUCGGUAAUUAUUAGCGUCUUGAAUGGUUUAUUCAUAUAUUAUCAGAGUAUUUUUCUUAACCACAUAUAUCUUUAUGCGUUGUCCAUUAAAUGAAAACCGUACAUCGCCGGACUGUCUAGGUUCAUCAUUAUGGAACUUACUGGUAUUAUCAUAUAAUAAGUAAAAUGUGCAAACAUUUUAGUAAUAAGAAAAAAAGUAAACUAAAUCCAUGGACAAUUUUUAAUAAAACGAAAAUGCAACAAUCCAUUAUAAUAUGUAAUAAAGUAGUUUAUAAAGUAUAGGGAUUUAUUGAAUAAGCUAAUGUAUAUGGCAAAAAACAUAUGUUAUGGUACUAAAAUUAUUAAUUCACGAAAUAAUUUUAAAAUAGUUUGGAAUCUAAUCAAAUAUUAUAUUAUAUUAUAGAAAAGUAGAAAAAAAUGUUAGUGAAAUAAUAGAUGACACAAGGAAGACUGUUGACCUUUCUCAAACUAUUGUCAUGAUGCCCCUUUAAAUCGCAUAAUGCGACUAGUAAAUAAAAAUAAUAUUAAUUUAUUUGUUAAAAACUCGUUAGAAGAUUUUGUUAAUUAUUUAAAUAAUCCAACUGUGUAAAUAUUGUUUAUCUUUAUCUAUUAUUUUGUGUUGUUGAAAUCCAUUGUAUUUGUCAGCUAUUAUGUUAAUCUGUAUACUUUUAUUUUUAUGUAAAUU